CCUUUGCCCCAUUUCCUUUUACUUGUUUCCAGGUCUUGUUGCCAUUUUCCUCAUCUCACUCUUUGCUUCCUUUCUCUCUUCUCUCCAGUAUAGAGUAAUCUUGUUUGUUUGAUCAGAAUCUUUUGAGGGUGUCUUUUCUAUGGCUUUGCUUACUCUUCUUCUUCUUUUGGCAGUUUCUUCUCAAGCAACAGCAGAUGAAGAUCCCUAUAUUGGUGUGAAUAUAGGAACAGACCUAUCAGACAUGCCGCACCCAACUCAAGUAGUUGCUCUUCUUAAAGCCCAGCAAAUCCGACAUGUUAGGCUAUACAAUGCUGACCAAGGCAUGCUAGUUGCUCUUGCAAACUCUGGCAUUCGAGUUAUGGUCUCUAUCCCCAAUGAGCAAAUCCUUGGCAUUGGCCAAUCGAAUUCCACUGCAGCUAAUUGGGUCUCCCGGAACAUUGUAGCACAUUAUCCUUCAACCAACAUAACAGCAAUUUGUGUAGGUUCUGAGGUUUUGACUACUCUUCCUAAUGCAGCACCACUCCUUGUGAAUGCCAUUAAGUUCGUUCACUCAGCCCUUGUGGCCUCCAAUUUGGACAACCAAAUCAAAGUUUCAACACCUCUUUCGUCCUCCAUAAUCCUUGAUUCUUUCCCACCUUCUCAAGCCUUCUUCAAUCGCUCUUGGAAUCAAGUUUUGGUUCCAAUGCUCAAUUUCUUGCAGUCUUCAGGCUCAUUUCUCAUGCUUAAUGUAUACCCUUACUAUGACUAUAUGCAAUCAAAUGGUGUGAUCCCACUAGACUAUGCACUUUUCAAGCCUCUCCCUCCAAACAAGGAAGCUGUCGAUGCCAACACACUUGUCCACUACUCCAAUGUCUUUGAUGCUAUGGUUGAUGCUACAUACUUCGCCAUGGCUUUUCUAAACUUCACCAACAUUCCUGUUAUAGUUACUGAAACUGGCUGGCCAUCAAAAGGUGAUUCCAAUGAGCCAGAUGCAACAAUAGAGAAUGCCAACACUUACAACAGCAACUUGAUCCGCCAUGUGCUAAACAAAACUGGAACUCCUAAGCGCCCUGGAAUUUCUGUUAGUACUUACAUCUAUGAGCUCUAUAAUGAGGACAUGAAACCAGGGCCAAUCUCAGAGAAGAAUUGGGGAUUGUUUGAUGCAAAUGGGGACCCUGUUUAUAUAUUACGCUUGACCGGGUCAGGAUCGUUGUUGGCCAAUGAUACUACUAACCAAACAUACUGUACUGUGAAGGAGGGUGCGGAUCCAAAGAUGUUGCAGGCUGCUCUAGAUUGGGCUUGUGGACCUGGCAAGGUGGAUUGCUCACCAUUGUUGCAAGGAAAACCAUGUUAUCAGCCAGACAAUGUGAUUGCACAUGCAACUUAUGCAUUUGACACUUACUAUCACCGGAUGGGGAAGACUUCUGAUGCAUGUAACUUCAAUGGGGUUGCAGAUAUUACAACCACAGAUCCAAGUCAUGGUUCUUGUCUUUUUCCAGGAAGCUUUGGCAGGAAUGGGACCAUGGUAAAUAUUACAGCGCCAUCCAUGAAUUCUACAAGUUCUGGUUCACCUGGUCGAAACUUCUAUGGCAGUGGAAGUUUGACUAGCAUUUUAGUGCUAAUCAAAGUGAUGCUCUGGAGUGUAAUUUUCUUGUAGGCUUGGUGAUUGGUAUAUUUUGGGAUCUUUUGCAAAUUUAUUCUAGCAAGUUUUGGGAGUCGAGAAGUUGGUCACAGGGACUUUUUUCCCUUAUUUUGGAGAUGGUGACCUUGGUGGGGUUUGUAGGAAGAGUUGGCCUUAUUCAAUUUUGUACAAAGUAAGGUGAAGCAGCCACAGACCUUUGCUAAGAUCUCAUUAAAUCCUUAUUCUUUGCA